GGGCCUGGAGGAGGGCAUCUCCCAGAUCACCUCCAAGAGCGACGUGGCGCCCACCACGCUCGUCUGGAACUUUCCCAUUGACAUCACCUUCAAGAGCACCAACCCGUUCGGCUGGCCGCAGAUCGUCGUGAGCGUCUACGGACCUGACUUUUUUGGAAACGAUGUGGUCAGAGGUUAUGGAGCUGUUCAUGUUCCCUUCACGCCCGGAAGGCAUACAAGAACCAUCGCUAUGUUUGUUCCAGAGUCCACAUCCAGGCUGCAGAAGUUCACAAGUUGGUUCACAGGGAGACGUCCGGAAUUUACUGACCCCAAAGUGGUAGCACAGGGAGAAGGAAGAGAAGUAACGAGGGUACGAUCUCAAGGCUUUGUGACUAUUUCCUUCAACGUCGUGACCAAAGACAUGAAGAAGCUGGGCUAUGAGGUGAGCCCGAGCGAUAUGCAGAACCCUCCUCUGGUGCCCCUGACAGACGGGAUUCAUAAGUACUGAACUCGGAAGU